CCACGGACCCACGGAGAAAUACUAGCCGCCUGUCGGGUCUGUGUCGCCCAGCUACCAAGAGUCCCAGCUUCAUUCUUUGCUUCAAUCUUGCUGGGAAGCAAGGAUUAUUUAGGGAGCAUCUGCUCUGUGCUAGGGUCCAGGCGCUGGGGAUGCAGUGAGACACGGGAUGCAGUUUUGAUUCUUGUCCUCCAGAAGCUCACCAUCUCACUGAGAAUGAAGCACUAUGAUACCGGAGGUGCAGGGGCUGUGGUGCCCAGAGCAGGGGCUCUUAACAUGGACGGGUUGGGGGGCUUCCCAGAAGGGGCCUCUAACCUGGGACCACGUAAGUUUACGGAGGGUGGAUGGGGCCAACUCAAGGCCUCAUAAGCCAGGUGAACAGAUGAGAACGUUAUCCUAAGGACCAUGGGAAGGCACAGAAGGCACUGAAGGAGGGAAGUGACAUGACCACAGUCUUGGGUUUUGUGUGUGUGUAUUUUUGGAUCACUCUGGCUGCAAAAUUGGAGGAUACACUAGGAGCCCAGAGUUGUGAGGAACUGUCCAGCCCGAGGACCCAAAGAUCCUUAGGAGAGUCUUUAGGAUGGCCUGUGGGGGUUGGGGGAGAAGGGGAGUCUCAGGUAAGAUCCAGGUGUCUGGCCUGGGUGCUGGGUGGCUGGUGCCUUUGUGACUAAGAAACAAAAUAGGCGAGAAGCAUUAGGGAGAGGGAGGAGGGACUUUAACCCUGUUGUUGGAGCCUACAGAACCUCCAGAUGGAGGGGACUGGAAGGCUGGGGUGCGGGGUCUCAGAAUGUCCCACCAGAAACAGCAUUUUUCAAAGAGCUGCCACCAUGCCACACACACAAAGAAUAAAGUCCUGGUGGACUAAAAACUAAGCAUUUUUAAAGUCUGGAAAAUUGUUUAUAACUGACCUUCUGGCAGGGAAAACUUUCUGAAGCAAAAUCCAAAAUGCAGAAACCAUAAAGAAAAAAAUGGACAGAUUGACAGUCUGCUUACAUAAAAAUUAAAAGUUUCUCUAUUUCAAAAGAUAUCUUAAAGGACAAGCAAUAGGCUGGAGGAAAUAUCUGAGAUGUAUGAAAGAGGCAAUGUGUGUUUCAAAGUCCACAGUAGAUGAGGAGCUCCUACAAAUCAAUAAAAAAACAACCUAAAAGAGAACUGAGAGAAGAUUAGCAAGAAGCACCUCACAGAGAAGAAGACACACCCAGCCAAUACAGAAAGUGCAAGGUGUUUGGAAUCACUGGUGAUCAGCAAGAUGAAGAUUUGAACCUGAGGAGUUAACACUUUUCACCUAUUGGAUUGACGCCACCAAUGACCUGAUCGAGCAACCCAUCAAGGUGACCGAGUGGCAACAGAUGUACACCUAUGACUUGGGCAUCCACUCGGGGGCCAACACCUGCGUGCCCUCAGUCAGCAGCAAGGGCAUCGUGGAGGAGGACAAGGCCUGUGGGCGCCAGUACACGCUCAAGAAGACCACCACCUGCACCCAGGCGGUGCCCCAGAGCCAAGGGCUGUGCCUGGCUUUUGUGGAAAGUGACUUCAACAUAACAAAGGCAAAUGAAAAUACAGAUGGCAGCUUUGACUAUGGCAUCUUCCAGAUCAACAGCCAUGACUGGUGCAGAAAUUACCAGAGCCACACGGAAAACCCUUGUCACGUGGACUGUCAAGCUCUGGCCAGAGCCCCGGGAUGGGAGAGGACUGCUGAGCCCCAACCUUCCCUCAAUCAUCAACUGUGCAAAAAAGCUUGUGUCUGGAGCAGGGGGCAUGAAGAACUGGGUAAAAUGCAGGCUGCACUGUGCAGGCCGGCCACUCUCCUGCUGGAGGACAGGAUGCCACGUGGGAUGAGGCAGGGGACAGGCCUGUGGUGGAGUCACUCCAGAAUUCCUCUCCUCACUUCAGAAUUCUUCAUUUCUUCUUCCUCUUGCCUCCACUUCCUGUUAUCUUCUUCCCUUCCAUUUACAAAUAAAACUGAUCAGAGCCCCAGAAAUCAUUGGUGUUCUAGGACUUCCUCCUUGUUCCCAUCCAGGCCCAGGCCCCUGGUUCCCUGACUGUCAUUUGUAAACCAAGAAGACCCUAAUGAAGAAGUUUCUGUAUUUUUGGAAUUAUUAAGUCAUUCCUUGUGCAAA